AGUACCUCUUAAAUGAUCCAUGGUUUGGCAGCGCCAAAACCUUCUUUGACCGGCAUUAAAACGUGGACAUCGAACCGGAUUUUUUAUCAAUUCGUGGAUUCCAAAAUACGAUAGCCGUAUUCAUAACAAUUUAUAGGCUGCAUAAGAAGACUUAGGAAGAAUAGAGAUGUCAUUCGCACAAGACGUUCUUGAUAAAUACCCCUCGCUCCAGAAAUUGCAGGGCAUACCAGAGGAAGAAAUUGUGGAAUCACACGAUGGGCGCGAGAUUAGGUUGCUCCGAUACAUCUAUAAUCACCCUAAGCUGCAUAGCGAACUGCGGGGUUCCCCCAAGAAAAUUCUACAGGCUAUGGACGAAUUUGCCGCAAAAGAAGAGUUUCUGAUCAGUAUUGGACCUCAAAAGUCUAAGAUAUUGCAGGAUUUGGUCGCAUCACACCGCCCGAAACAACUUGUGGAACUCGGGACCUAUGUUGGAUACUCGGCAAUUCUUUUUGGAGACGCCAUGCUGCGAGCUCAGCAAGACAGCAGUAUAGAACGAGAAGACAUCCGGGUGUACAGCAUUGAGCUUGACCCUUUAAUCGCAUCUAUUGCGAUGAACCUCGUCAGUUUGGCAGGAUUGAGUCAUAUCAUCGAAAUCGUCGUUGGUCCCUCUGCAGAUACUCUGAAACGACUCCACGAUGAAGGUGUACUAGCCAGUGGAAGCCUUGAUAUGCUCUUUAUAGAUCAUGUGGAGGACUUAUAUCAACCCGAUUGUCAACUGUGUGAGAGCCUCGGACUGCUAGAUAAGAGUGGAUGUCUUGUUGUUGCAGAUAAUGUUGUCCGGCCUGGCGCCCCAUUAUACAGAGACUAUGUUCGAAGAAAUAGUCGCUUUAGAAAGAGUUGGGCAGUUCCCGCGCUGAUUAUCCCUGGUGACAUACCAGUAAGCUUUCCCUAUCCUAUUUGAGAUACAAUGAUUUCUCUGACGACGAUCUAGGAUGAAAUAGAAAUCAGCGAGGUCGGACGUUUACAGGAGUCUGGAAUUGCAAUUCCCGAGUAGUGCGAAUUCUCUUCCGGCACAUCUAG